AGUGGAUGGAGAGUCGAGAUUUUUAAUUAACAGUACUUUUUCGCAUCCGUGGCAUGCUCAUAUCGCACCGUUUCUGUAGACAGAAUAGCCACGAUUCCCAAAACACGACAGAAGACACCGAGAUGUACGCGAAAACGAAAAGAUAAGAAGUACGUGAAGGACAAGAGUCCUACAAUGUUCUCCCUCUCGGAAGGCUGCGGCUGCGUCAGCUUUCGCGGUGGGAGACGGACUCGUUCAAUGGGAGACGACUCCUCUUCCUGCCGAAGUUCCGAAAUAGAACAGGAAGUUCCCAAGAAGUUGGGUAAGAAAGUGUUGAACGGUGAAUGCACAAUGAAAGCAUUGGCACCGUUCCUAAAGUUUUGGAAGAAGGAUGACGUCAGCAUGACUAAAGCUGAAAGAACGAUGAAAGCGGCCAUCUUAAUCCAGCAGUGGUAUCGACGGUACCUCGCUCGGAUGGAGGUGCGCAGGCGGUACACCUGGACCAUAUUCCAAAGUAUAGAAUACGCCGGUGAACAAGAUCAAGUAAAAUUAUACAACUUUUUCAACGCCCUGCUGAGUCACAUGCGUGAAACUAGCGGUCGCCCUUCCUCCGAGAGGACCUCGAGAACAGCUUCUGUUUUGGAGCAAGUAUUUUCUGAGGAGUCUGACGAAGGCGGGGGUGUAGACGAAACAGCGCCCCCGAAAGCCGCCCGCGGCCCCGACAUCGACUUCCCGCUACAAAGGAAGGAUAUCGACCUACUGAUUGAGGCGUUUAGGAAAAAGAAGCAUCGUCUGCACCCGAAGCACGUGGCGCAGAUAUUGAAAGAGGCGACGCAGAUGCUGAAGCGGCUACCCAACAUCAACGUGGCGACUACCUCCAUCUCUAGUCAGAUCACGAUCUGCGGAGAUUUGCACGGAAAGCUUGAUGAUUUGCUAGUCAUUUUUCAUAAGAACGGGCUGCCUUCGCCAGAAAAUCCAUACAUAUUUAACGGAGACUUUGUAGAUCGAGGCAAGAAGAGCUUGGAAGUGCUUCUCCUUUUGCUGGCUUGCAUGUUAGCUUUUCCUGGAGGAGUUUAUUUGAACAGAGGCAACCACGAAGACCUCAUUAUGAAUUCUAGAUACGGCUUUAUAAGAGAAGUUCAUCAAAAAUACCGACACAACGCUGAACGUUUGUUGAAGCUUAUAGAAGGGGUGUACCGCUGGCUGCCUUUGGGGACCAUCAUUAACAACCGCGUGUUCGUAGUGCACGGAGGCAUCUCUGACACCACCGACCUUGAUAUGGUGCGCAGCCUUGACCGCGAUAAAUAUGUUUCACUCCUUCGACCGCCUGUAGCAGAAGGUGGAGCUCCUGGCGCUGAGCAAGUUGACAAAGUGGAGUGGAAACAGGUAUUCGAUAUAUUAUGGUCGGAUCCUCAAAGCACAGGCGGAUGCGUGGCGAAUGCGCUCCGCGGCGCUGGCACGUACUUUGGCCCUGAUGUCACAGUCUCUUUCUUAAGAAAGAACAAAUUGAGUUUCAUCGUCAGAAGCCACGAGUGCAAGCCUGGCGGAUAUGAGAUCCUGCACAAUGGGAACGUGAUAACAAUUUUCUCUGCAUCAAAUUACUACGAGUUGGGCUCGAACAAGGGUGCUUACCUGAAGCUUUGUGGCAACUCGCUGGAGCGGCAGUUCGUUCAGUACACAGCGGCUGUGUCUCGCACGCGUCGCCUCACGUUCCGCCAACGUGUCGGCCUCGUUGAGUCCUCUGCCAUGCGAGAGCUACACAGCCAUAUUGUAAUGGCUCGCCGGUCGCUUGAAGCGACCUUCCGAAGUAUGGAUUUAGAUCAAAGUGGUUUUAUAUCAGUAAGUGACUGGUGCUACGCAAUGGAGGAGACCACACACCUGGGUCUGCCGUGGCGGAUGCUGAAGGACAAGCUUGUGCGCACCGACCCCGACACACGACUUGUUCGUUACAUGGAUACGUUUGAUCUGAAUGCUAAUAGAGGAGGACGAAAGGCAGACACACAAACAGUCGUGGAAACGUUGUAUAAAAACAAAAGAAGCUUGGAAGCAAUUUUCAAAAUUCUCGACAAAGAUAAUUCUGGCUAUAUAACCCUGGAGGAGUUUUCUGAAGCAUGUCAAUUGUUGGGAAAAUAUAUGCCGAAUCCGAUGACUCAAGAGCAAUUGGUCGAUAUCUGUCGAUUGAUGGAUAUCAAUAAGGAUGGACUGGUCGACUUGAAUGAAUUUUUGGAGAGUUUCAGACUUGCUGAGAAAAGUCUGCACGAGGAAGAGAACGAGUUGGCUGAACUCCAAGCCACCUGACAGGAACUUGACCGCCUCCCGAGCAGGACGGCGGUCGAUAAAGAUGAAACUGGUGUCGAAAUAGAGUUGUUGAGAGUUGAAGAUGAUGGAAACAACGAAGUAGCAAGAAGAACUAGAAACGGUCAACCUCAUUUAACCGGUGAAUGCGUCGCACGAUACUCGAAAGAUACGGAUGAAAUCCAACUAAUUGACAGCGACGAAGUUCCAAGACGGCCAGGCUUGUUAGAGAGUGACAUGUAAACAGAUGGCGAAAAAUUAGAAAUACAAUAUAGGUACUACCUUCAAGCUUGUAUUCUUUAGGUAGUACAUCGAAGAUCGGGAUUAGAGAGUUAUGUAUUACAGUCGCUUUUAUGUAUUUUUA